AUGAAAGCGAUUCUCAGACUCCUAAUCUUUCACCGCCAUUGUCGUUUUCCAGCUGUCAUUGACGACGAAUUCCUUAGGCAUCGAUUAUAUGUGAUUUCCCCAAAGAACUCCCUCGAUCUCAAGGGUUGGACCCUGUAUUGGAAACUAGAAACCGGAUCUGAUAAAGGGAGGGAGGAUGCAGCUUAUGUUCUGUGGAAAUUAUGUUGUCACAGUGAAGAUAUCUAUGCAUGUGUUGAAAGUGCUGAAGCAUUUCCUGUUUUCCUAUGGUUCUUGAAAACUGGUGGAACAAAGGGACAAGAAGCCUCAUGGAAGGCACUAAGAAAGCUUAUACGCAUGGAAGAUGCUGCCACUAUUAAUCAGCAACUAGCUCUACUUUGGGGGGACACCCCAAAAUCAAAAGCCCACAAAAUUGAAGUACUAGGUCAUGUGUUUACCAUGGCAUCACAUUAUGACCUUGUUCAAAAAGGAUCAGAUGCUUAUAAAUGGUUGAGAUCGCUUGUUCAGAUUCUUAAUUCUUCAAAUGAGGAAACACAGGAACAUCUUUUAACAAGCAACACUCAAAUUAUUGCCACUCAAUCAGCUCGGGCCUUGGGUGCUUUGUCCAAGAACAAAAUCUCUUAUAUUGUAGAAGGGGAUGUGAAGCCUCUGAUCAAAUUAGCCAAAACAUCAUCUUCCAUUGAUGCUGCAGAGACUGCUGUAUCUGCAUUAGCCAAAGUGAAGCGACUCCUCCUGCCAACUAAGCUUUCCGGUAGUAUCAAUGAUGGCAAGAAAAUUGCCAAAACCGAUGAUUUCACCUAA